CGCUAUGUCAUUCCCCCCCCCCAAGGCAGCUUUCCUAAAACCACAGGAAAAACAGCCACCUCCUGAAAGAAAUCAACACUGCCAUCAUGGUUGCUACAAGCACUUUAAAGACCAAAAGCAGCGAAUGCAUCUCAGACUUUGUUGAUAGAAGAUAUGACCAGGCUUGCAUCGAAAAAGAGCUGGACUUCUGGGAUCACUGCUUGGCUGAACCCCAGAGAAAUGCAGACGUCACAGAGGACAGAACGUGUCAACAGCUAGCCAAACUGUUCGAAAACUGCCUUUCACGAGCCAAGAAGACGACUCUGCACUGCUCCUCUGUUCUGGUACCAGAGAAGCUCACGCAAAGAAUAGCUCGGGAAGUCCUGCGACUGGCAUCCUGCGAGCCCUGUGGCCUGCGUGGCUGUGUCCUCUACGUCCACCUCGAGCUGGAAAAGGGCUGCAAGCGGCUGGAGCGCAUUGUGUACGAUGCCACUGUGGUGCCCACAUUUGAGCUGACUCUUGUCUUCAAGCAGGAUGGCACUGCCUGGCCCAGCCUCCGGGACUUCCUCUUUAUGGGAACGUGCUUUGCCCCAACUUUCAGGCAUGUACUUAAACUGAGUCCAGGUUUCAGGCUCGUCAAGAAAAAACUGUACUCCUCCUCGGCUGGCACCGUUAUAGAGGAGUGCUGAACUACAGGAGGGGAGUGUUUUUUAUGGGUAUUCGCACUUCUGCCCAAAUGUUAAUGACACUCCAGUGGUGUUAUAUUUUCUACAGUGUUUUGUACAAUAGUUUGUCAGUUCAACUUUUAGUAGCCAGUCAGUUCAGUUUGGGACUUGGGGUGAUAAGAGGUUAAAAGCUUUUGCAUAUAUAAGCCUGAUGGCUCCAGAUUUGCCUUCAGUGUUUCUUAAGUGCUUCUUUUUUUUUUUUUUUGUCAGGAAAAUUGUAAUUUUCAGGUGGGUUGUUUUUUUUUUUCUGAUUGGAGCAUUUGUAGCUCAAACACAAUUUUAAAUUGUACAAUUUGUAGACGAAUGUAAACCAUGUUUGAGAGGGACGUACUGUGGGUACACUUUGUUAAAGACACUCGCCACUUUCUCGAUGUAUCUGCGUGUUUCCAGAUACAUUGAACGUGUUCAGCAACAGUAAACACACACAGGCUUGAAUAGCAGACUGUAAACUAGUCUUUGGGGGCCAUAUGUAGCUAGUUGUGCAAUGUUGUUGACCAGAGCUGCGUAGGUUGUUUUUUUUUUUUUUCUUUUUUUUUUUUUUUUAGGAGUGAAUGUCUUGUGAUGAUGCUGCUGUCAUGGUGUUGGCUUCUCAUGCUAUGACAAUGUGGAUGCCUUAAAUGUCACAGAAAUGUACGUUGUUUUAGUUGUUUUUUUUUCGCUUUGCUCACAGAUAUGUUAAUGUCUUGUGUGAAUGUUUUAAAUGUAUAAUAAUUCUUAAACCCAUUUCCCCAGACACACCUUUUCUAUUCAGAGCCUUUAUUGAAAUUUAGAAGGAUGGUUCACUCAGAUAUCAAAGUUAAUUUGUUUUAAAUGUUGUUCGUUAUUUUGAACCAAAGGAAUUACUACUCCUUUUUUGUGUGUGAAUUCCCUCCUUUUUUAUUUUUUUUUAAAUGCCUUGAGCUGUCUGUUGAAGGAAACUCGACCUUGUCUAUCAGACAAUUAAAAGUUUAAACCUAACCUCACAUUUGUAGUCUUUUUUCCCCCCCCUCCUCCCUAUGGACUUCUCCCAGCACUCAUUAUUUCAUUAGUUCAGUUGUCUCAUAUUUGAAAUGUUCUGCCCCACCAGCCUCUGAGAAAAGCAAGGUGAAGCGUGCACGUGGUCUGCUGUAGCUGUUUCUAUUGUACAAGCACAUCAGCUGCUUGUUGUGGAAACCUGCAGAUUGUGAGACAUUUCUGUCACUGCCUUUUAAUGGAGGCGUCUCCAUGGUGAUUUAGAGUUCCUCUGUGAGCUACACAAAUGUGAUGUAGAUUGUCACACUUGCGUGGGACAUUUGUAGCGAUAACAUUUGUUCUGCUGACCCUUUUCUCAAGUUCAGCCUCUCAACUUCGUAAGUGCACGGCGUGAGCCUAAAUUGGGUGACCUAUUGACCUCGUGGUGUACUAGUUUAUGGAGAUUGCAUAAUAGUUCCACCAAUUAUACAGUAACGUCAUUCAUGCCUAAACAAAGGGGGACGUGGUUACAGUAGGUUAAUGACAGAAGCACAUGAUCUAGUGGAAGAUGCAUCACUGUCCUUCAGAGGGGACAAAGAGCCAGUGAUCAUUUACUCAGUGUCACACGCUUGACCCCUUUCUCUUUCUGUGACUGUGUGGGUUAGCAUACAAGUUAGCAUUGUUGAAUCCAGAAAAGUAAUUGUGUGAACAUCUGCCUGUGGGGUCUCACUGGUGAAUAAAGCCUGCCAGAGCGCUGAUAUCAAGAGCAUAUAUUAAACAAACAGUGAUGUAUGCUGGGAGCAAAAAUCUAGUUUAAUUUUAGAAUAUUUUCUAUCCAAUAAUGUCUAGUUUAUCUUACGUUUCACGCUUCAUAGGGCUUGAACUUUGGUCAUGUUUCCCAUAGGAAUGCACUUUAUACAGCGUUUUAAAUGUUCAGUCACACAAAUGUUGAAGCAUGUUUUUGCCACACACAGACAAAUACAAUCAUUAAGUA